CUAAGGGUCUAGUCUAGAGUCAAAUUAUAGCUGAAGCUUCAAAUCUUUCUUCUUCAUCUACACAAUUCAAGGAUCGUCUUGUCAUAGUCUCUGUGCGGUUGCUGUGCUCUUAUAGAAGCUUGCGUGAAGGAAAAGGCGAAAAUGACAAGUUCACGCCCCUCAUCUCCGCACGGAUCGGUAGAUGCGGAUGGAGGCAAACCGUCUUUUCUCGUGAACGUGUCGAACAAGGCGUCAAGAUAUCAUGCAAGAGUUCCGUACCUUUCAAAGUUGCCACUCGCUGCUAUUGCAAUCAUUUUAACACUCAUUAUUAUUAACAUUGUUACAUGGGCGGCUGUUGGCGUCGUAUUGCAUUUCCAUACUCCUUUAAUAUCUACUGCGAUUCUUUCAUGGACUCUCGGUCUUCGACAUGCUCUUGAUGCGGACCACAUCUCGGCGAUCGACCUCAUGACCCGCCGUCUGAUUGCAGCUGGGCAAAGACCCGUAACAGUGGGCAUGUUCUUCUCCCUGGGUCACUCGACUAUCGUCAUCAUCACCUCUCUUGUGGUCGCUGGCACUGCAGCAGCCGUGUCUGACAGAUUCGACAAUUUCUCUCGUAUCGGCGGCAUCAUUGGGACUUCUGUGUCUGCAGCAUUUCUUCUCCUCCUUGGCCUGAUGAACGUCUACAUUCUUUACAAACUGAUCGUCCAGAUGCGUAAGCUGAUCGCGAGCGAGCCCGGGACCGAGCAUCAAGAAUUCAAGAUCCAAGGCGGCGGAUUUCUUUUCAACGUCCUCCAGAAGAUGUUCAAGUUGAUCGAUCGACCGUGGAAAAUGUAUCCCCUAGGCGUCCUCUUCGGUCUGGGAUUUGAUACGUCGUCUGAGAUCGCGAUCCUCGGUAUCUCAUCCAUUCAAGCUGCAAAGGGGACCUCGAUCUGGCUCAUUCUGCUGUUUCCCUUGUUGUUCACUGCGGGAAUGUGCUUGUUAGACACGACCGAUGGCGCGUUGAUGAUGAGCCUGUACACGAGCACGCAGCUUGCGAGGGAUCCGAUUGCGAUUUGCUACUACAGCAUCGUUCUUACGGUCAUUACGGUAGUUGUUGCUACGGUCAUCGGUGUUGUGCAGUUUCUCAAUCUUGCGCUCAAUGUCGCGGAGCCAAAGGGGCCGUUUUGGGACGGUGUCGAGAGGUUGGGUGAGAAGUGGGACAUUGUCGGUGGAGCCAUAUGUGGUUGCUUUGUCGUGUUCGGCGGAUUGAGCGUUUUGCUGUACAAGCCCUGGCGACGUCGCAUUGACAGGAAGAGAAACCGUAACGCGCACUUUGAAACUCUGGACCAAAGCAUCGAGAGGCAGCGAGAGGACGAGGAAGAUUUGGUGACCCGUCCCGAGCCUGUCAAGGGAGGAAAUGGAGAUGCCGAGGUGACUGUGCACCCAGUGGAAGACACUGAUGCUGCUGGACCUGCGGGGGCGGCGGGGCGUAGUUGAAUCAAGCAUAUGGGAUGGAACCCAUGUCAUCUCAACCAAGCAUAUAG